AUGAGCCACGCGCGCCUUCACCGCCCACUCCCCGCCGUGCUUAGGGUCUUGCGCUGCCCGCCCGUGCGGCAUUUCCCCCAAAUAAGGAGAGGGGAGAUCCCCACCUGCGUUCCCGCGUGCCCGGAGAGCUCAGCGCUGCGCUCUCGCCCUGCAGGUGCUCGCCUCUCCCCGGAGCCUCUCACUCACCUCGGCCGGCUGGAAGGCGCGGAGAGGCAGCCGCCGAACGCAGCAGAUGGCGGGCGGAUGACUCCCUCGUGGGGCUGCUACAGAUCUAAUGCACAGCAAACCGAUCCUCUUCGAGAUGGAGUGCGCAAAUAUCUUCAGUUCCCAUCUGAUCGGACUGUGCUGAUCCUCCAUGCAAAAGUUGCUCAGAAAUCAUAUGGCAAUGAAAAAAGGUUUUUCUGCCCACCCCCUUGUGUUUACCUCACUGGGCCAGGAUGGAAACAAAAGAAAGAAGAGAUUGAAGGAAAAGAUCUAACAGAAUCCAGUUCCAAAGUAUGUGGGUAUAUAGGACUUGACAGCACGGGCAGCAGCCACAUGGAGACCCAGAAGCUAAACUUUGAGGAACAGGCAGAUUCCAAGGAAUUCAGCUGUGCCAAAGCGCUGUACAUUUCGGACUCAGACAAGAGGAAGCACUUCCGGCUGGUCCUGAAGCUCUUUUUCAGCAACGGGCAAGAGAUUGGCACAUUCCACAGCAAGCUGAUCAAAGUAAUUUCCAAGCCGUCCCAGAAGAAGCAGUCCCUGAAGAACACAGACUUGUGCAUUUCAUCUGGUUCAAAAGUCUCCCUCUUCAACCGCCUGCGUUCCCAAACGGUCAGCACCCGUUAUCUUUCUGCCGAGGGCGACAUCUUCACCGCGAGUGCCAGGCAAUGGGCCGCAUUUACUCUUCAGCUGGAUGAUUUCUGUUCUCGGUCCCAGGGUGAGUUCCCUCUGCGAGAAGGCUACAUUCGCUAUGGUUCUAUAGUUCGACUUAUCUGCACAACUACUGGCAUUGCUCUUCCUCCUCUGAUCAUUCGGAAAGUUGCUAAACAAUCAGUGAUGUUGGAUGUGGAUGAGCCAGUCUCCCAGCUGCACAAAUGUGCUUUCCAGCUUCAUGGGAGCAGUGGAAUGUACCUCUGCCUCUCAACAGAGAAAGUGAUCCAGUUCCAGGCCUCUCCAUGCCCAAAGGAAGCAAAUCGGGAGUUGCUGAAUGACAGCUCCUGCUGGACCAUCAUUGGCACAGAGACUGUGGAAUAUACAUUCAGUGACAGCCUAACCAGCAUUCGGGAUCCUGUGAGCCCAGUCCCUCUUGUAACAGCUCUGGAGCUGACGGGUGGAGGGGACGUGGCAAUGCUCGAAGUGCAGGGCGAGUACUUCCAUGCAAACCUGAAGGUUUGGUUUGGAGAUGUGGAAGCUGAAACUAUGUACAGGAGUCCCAAGUCCUUAGUGUGCGUUGUUCCAGAUGUCUCUGCAUUUAGCCAUGACUGGAGGUGGCUGAGAUACCCCAUCACUGUCCCUCUCCUGCUGCUAAGGAAUGAUGGACUAAUUUACUCAAGCACUUUCAGCUUCACGUACACACCAGAGCAGAAUUUUCUCGCUGGACAACCGACCCUGCCAGAAAUGGCACAAGAUUCAGACACUUUGCUUGACACCAUCCAUCAGGAGUUCACCAGGACCAACUUUCACCUCUACAUGCAAAAUUAGAGCUGGGGCUUUAUGUAUGCCAUGGUGGGCAGG